AUGAAGAUGAUGAUCAGGAACUUGAAUGUGAAUGUUGAAGUGUUCAAGUGGGACCCCAUGUUUUUGAAACCGGAAGAAGAAGAACUUUCAGUUUCCUCAAGUGGUUUGCUUAUGAUCAACGUUAAUUACUACCAAACCCCAAACAACGAGCUGUGUGGUGAGGAAACCCUAAUUCAUUUGCUACACAAGUGUCAUCACCAACACUUGGAUAAUCUUCACACUACAAAACAAUAUUUAGUUCGUUACGCCCUAGAAGAUUUACAUGGCCUUCGUUCUUGUCACAAUCUUGACAUGUUAACAACCGUUGUAGCGGAAGACUUGUGUACUAAAUUUCGUUUUAGUCCUGAAAUCGUGUCGUGUCAGGAUCCUGAUAAACCAAUCAUUUGUUUGGAUCUCCACUUACUUGUAGAAAAUGUUGGUGAGGUCAGUUCAGACAAUGGAAGUUGUAACGACGACAUCAUGAUUCGUGAACGUAUUUGUGAUCACUUCCGGAAGUUGGUUAGCCAUAGGAGAACUUUCACCAAGAACAAAUUGCUAGAUAAGUUGAGACUUCUGCCCGGGAUUAAAAAGGAAUGUAAGGCAAUGUUCAAUUAUGUAUUCAGCAAGGAUAGCGAUUCGCCGGAGGAUUGUGCGAUUUGCUCAGAGAAGUUAUGCGAAGGUACGAGCUGUUGGGUUGCUCAGAUGGAUUGUUGCUCGCACAAGUUUCAUCGGGGAUGCAUUUGUGAAUGGUUGCUAAUAAGUACUGGUUCUUGCCCUCUGUGUAGAUCAUCUUGCGUGACAUUGGUUUAA